AUGUCUUGUUGCACCGGUGACAAGAAUGAGGAUCGCGUCGAGCCGACGCGAGUACGAGGCUGCACCGACGUCUUCUGGCUCUGCAUCUUCAUAGCAUUCUGGUUUCUGAUGAUCUUGAUCGCAGCCUUUGCCAUAGUCUAUGGAAAUCCCUUACGCCUUAUAAAUGGAUAUGACAGUUUUGGAAAUACAUGUGGCAUGAAGAAUAAUCCAAAGUUUGGCAGCAUGGAGUUGUCUGGCCAAGAUACUAGUGAUAAGCCUUUCUUAUUCUUCUUGGAUAUAUAUAAUGUCACGCAAUCAUUAAAAAUCUGCGUGAAGCAAUGUCCCGACAGGACCCUCACGUCAAUGAAAGAUAUCUGUGAUUUUUAUGAAAAAACAGGAUCACAAUUGUGUCAUGAUAGACCUGGUAGUGAUUUUAGCGCAUGUAAUAGUGGCAGCAGUAAAUUCAAGAAUGGAUCUUGUCCAAAGCUGCCUGUUUACAGCAGUACGCCAGUGUUAAAUCGCUGUAUCCCUAAAGCAAUUCAAGAUGUGGGUGAAACAAUAAUCUCCAAUUUAUAUGGCUUGAUCAAUUCAUGGGACGUUAUUGAACAAGUUUUGGGAGAUUUGUAUAAAACUUGGAGGGAGAUUCUUGCACUGUCUUUUCUAGCAUUUGUUUUAUCACUUUUUAUGAUAGCCAUCUUUCAUUUACUGGCGAGUAUCGUAACAUGGAUUGUAAUGGUACUUGUAACCAUCACUUGCAUAGGUGGUACUGUACUUUUAUGGUGGACAUAUAUAGACAUUAAAAGAACUUUAGAUAAGACAGACCCAAACCAACUCUUGGAAGAAUCUGUCAGAAAUGAAAGAGCAUUCCUUGCAUUUUCCAUUAUUGCUACUGUUAUCACUAUUAUCUUAUUGUUCCUUUCAUGCAUAUUACGCAAACGCAUAAGUUUUAUGGCAGCAUUGUUUAAAGAGAGCGCAAAAUGUCUAGCAGAAUUACCUGGCCUGUUUUUCCAGCCGUUUUUAACGUUCGUUGCUUUAAUACUGUUCUUUGUCUUUUGGGUAGCUGUUAUUCUAUGUCUCGCAACAGCCAAUUAUCCGGAAACUAAAUCAGUGCAAAUGUACGAAAACAACAUAUUUGAGCCUUUAAAUUUAAGCUCGGUCGGUGAAAAUAGCUUGUUAAUCGAGGAGAAGAAGAUUGAUUUUUCCCUUGAUAGUUUUAAAACGUUCACACUUGUGGAGUACGUCGAUGCAACGUGGGUGAAAUACAUGUGGUGGGUGUAUCUCAUAGGAUUAAUAUGGGUUUCGGAAUUCAUUGUUGGAUGUCAAGUUAUGGUGAUAUCAGGAGCCGUCGCGCACUGGUAUUUCAGAGGUAAAGAUGCCAGUGCAUCACCAGUAUGUUCAUCCAUGGGACACUUAGUCUGCUAUCACUUGGGCUCUGUAGCAUGUGGCUCAUUUUUGAUAACGAUCUUCAAAUUGCCUAGAUUGAUUUUAACGUAUUUGCAUGCCAAGUUUGAGAAGACUAAAGAAACGUCUCCAUGCUCACAGUGCGGUUUAAAGUUUUGCAUUUGCUGUUUCUAUUGUUUAGAAAAAUUUAUCCGAUAUAUGAAUCAGAAUGCAUAUACUGUCGUCGCUAUAGAGGGCACCCAUUUUUGCAAUGCUGCGAAAAUAGCCUUUACGACACUUGUUAAUAACGCUUUGCAAAUAGCAGUAAUCAACGGAUUCGGCGACUUUAUAUUGUUUCUGGGAAAAUGUUUUGUCACGGCGGCGACUGGUAGUAUCGGAUUAAUUUUUAUGAAACAAGAUCCGAGGUUACACUUCUAUGCCGCUCCGAUCUUUGUAACUUGUGUUUUCUCAUUUUUCAUCGCCCAUUGUAUAAUUUCUCUUUACGAAACCGUCAUCGACACGUUAUUUUUAUGCAUAUGUGAAGACAAGAACUUGAAUGGUGAGAAUGGGAAGUGGCGACAAUCUGCAUUAGCACAAUUUGGGAAUAGCAGCAACAAUGCAAAUGGACAACACGAAUUGUCACCGAUGAACGAAUAAGUAUUUAAUAUUUAAACAUCUUUUCUAGUAGUCUUUUUAUACACGUAUUCUUUUUAAUAAUACCAGAAUACUUAUAUUCAUAUACACUCAUAUACACAUAUAUUCUUACCACCUCGCAUAUUUAAUUAGACUAAUUAUAUUUAAUGAGACUAAUUUAGAGACUAAUGGAAAUGCAUUCCUUUCGACUUUCAUGUACAAUAUCUAUAAUUACGCUACAUACAAACACCAUUUUACACAAUUUUACACAAAUCUGCUGGAAAAGUUAUUUUUAUAAUAGCUAGAAAUAUUCAAAAUGUAGAAUUAUGCGAAGGUAUGCUAAUCUGUUUUUAAAACGUAUUUUUAACGUGCAUGUGAAAAACAAAGGUAAUGCAAGAUAUUGCUUUUAUAGCAUCGUGUAUAAUCAUAUAAUAUCAUAACUCUUUUGUGGUAUUUAAAUACGGAUGCUCGUUCGUCCAAAGCACAAGUCCUUUUUAUAUGCCAUUACUAGAGUUUAUUUAAACUGAUUUAUUAUCGCACUUUUUACUAUAGCAAGGAAGAUAUUUUAGUAAUUGUAAUUUAUCGCGAUUUUUUGAGAAACGCUUGACACGCAAAGGUUUGGCACGCAAAGGCGACUUGGUAAUAGAAGAAAAUUGAUUAUAUUUUGUAAUUAUUUGUAUGUUUACAAAAAAUAUCUCUGAAUUGAAAUCCAUAUAGUAUUACACCAGUGGUGCGAUUCUUUAAUUCGUUAUUGGAAUUAACGACAGUUUCGUUAACUCCAAUAACGAGUUACAGAAUCGCAUCACUGGGGCUGUAUUCCGUACCAUAUCGACAAUUGUCGGUGUCGUUAGCGGCAUUGCGCAGGUUUUUCAUAUAACAAAAAAGCUGCGCAAUACUGCUAACGACGCUGACAACUGUCGAUAUGCAGGUACGGAAUACAGCCCCAGUAGUAUACCAAUUAUUCAUACAUUUCGAGAUACGCGAUCUACGAGGAUAAUCCCAGAAGUACCCGACCUGACGUAUAGAUGGCGGUUGUUGUUUGAAAAGAAUGACUAUGGUAGAAAGUACCAAUCUUAUAAAGCUUAAGUUUGAAGUUUGACGACGCUACGUUGUUUAGUAUUUGUUCGGCAGCCAUCAUUAGUGAAUGUUCUCAGUGAAUUUGUAAACAUGGACAAAAUUGGUUAUCGUUAUAUGAUACAAUACUUUCAUUUGAAAGGCCUCGGUCCAACCAAUAUCAAAUUGGAGCUAGAUUCUACUCUGGGGGAGUCUGCUCCUUCGUUUACAACAGUAAAAUAUUGGGUGGCAGAGUUUAAACGAGGCCGUACGAGCUGCCAAGACGAACAUCGCAGUG